UACUGUGUAUUUGUACUCUUGUGCACGUUUAUUGACUGAAAAAGUAUUGUGUAGCCGGCUUGCGUUUUUAAGUUAUUUUUUAGGUUUUACGUUUCUUUUUUUCUCAAUAAAUAAAUUAGAAAUAAUCUUUCAAAAUGUCUCUCGUCAAAAUUACUUCUACUGAUGAGUACAAAAAUUUUAUCAAGUCAGAUGAUUUAUCAAUCAUUCAUUUCUAUGCACCAUGGGCAGAACAAUGUGUUCAAAUGAAUGAAGUACUUGAACAAUUAAUAAAAUUAGAUUCAUACAAAAAUGUCAAAUUUGCAAAUAUUGUUGCUGAAGAUCUACCUGAAAUCUCAUUGGAGUGUAAAAUAGAAGCUGUACCAACAACUUUAUUAUUUAAAAGUAAAAAAAUUGUUGGAAGAGUAGAUGGUGCUAAUCCUAGUGAAGUUAGAGAAAAAAUUGAUUCACAAAUAUCCAGUUCUAACAAACCAGAACCAGAAAAUCUUGAAAAAAAACUUGAGAAGUUAAUAAACAAAGCACAAUGCAUGUUGUUUAUGAAAGGAAAUAGAGAAAAUCCAAGGUGUGGAUUUUCAAGAACAAUGGUAGCUCUAUUAAAUGAACACAAAGCAGACUAUGAAACUUUUGACAUUUUAGAGGAUAAUGAAGUCAGGGAAGGUUUGAAAAAAUAUAGCAAUUGGCCAACAUAUCCACAACUUUACAUAAAAGGUGAGCUUAUUGGAGGUUUAGAUAUUAUUAAGGAAAUGAGUGAAUCAGGAGAAUUAGAUAGCAUGUUACCAAAAGACUCAGGAAACGUUGAAGAUAAGCUCAAAAAGCUGAUAAAUCAAGCCCCUUGCAUGUUAUUUAUGAAAGGAAGUAGAGAUGUACCACGUUGUGGAUUUUCAAAAACAAUAACAGCUAUACUCAAUGAACAUAAAGCAGAUUAUCAAACAUUUGAUAUAUUAGAAGACAAUGCUGUACGUGAAGGUCUCAAAAAAUAUAGUAAUUGGCCUACGUAUCCACAAUUGUACAUUAACGGUGAUUUAAUUGGUGGUUUAGAUAUCGUUCGAGAAAUGAAUGAGUCUGGUGAAUUGGAGAAUAUAUUGCCAAAAAAGGAAACAUAAAUUGUACUU